UCGGCCUGUCCCCCCUCCCCCGGUAGUAGGCCCGAUCCCCGGUAUGUCGUGCUCGGGCGGCCGCCCCGUGCUGCGCGUUGUCCGGCUUGGCGUGCUGCCUUACUCCGAGGCCGUGCGGGUGCAGCAGCGCUGGGUGAAGGCCGUGCAGGCGGUGGGGGCCGCGGAGUGUCCCCGGGGGGCGCUGAUCCUGUGCGAGCACCCGGCGGUGUACACGGUCGGGGUCCGGCGGGGCCAGUACCCGGGGCCGGAGGAGGACCGGCUGCGGGGGCUCGGGGCCGACUUCCAGCGCACAGACCGGGGCGGACUCAUCACCUUCCACGGGCCAGGACAGCUGCUCUGCUACCCGGUACUGCACCUCGGCCGGCUCCGCCGCUCCCUGCGGGAAUACGUGGCCGGCCUGGAGAGAGCCGGCAUAGGCCUCUGCCGGAGCCUCGGGCUGGGGGCGGACAGGACCCCGGAGACAGGGGUGUGGGUCCGGGGGAGGAAAAUCUGCGCUAUCGGUGUUCAUUGCUCCAGAUACAUUACCUCCCAUGGCCUUGCCCUAAACUGCAACACAGAUCUUUCAUGGUUUGAUCACAUCGUUCCCUGUGGAAUCGUUGGGAAAGGAGUCACUUCUUUGACUCGGGAGCUGGGGAGGAAUGUCACAGUUGAAGAGACAAUUCCACCAUUUCUAGAAGCCUUUCAGGAAGAAUUUAAAUGCACUUUAGUUUUAGAAGACCAAUCAGAACAGAUGGUCAAGCUCUCGUAACAAAUAAUAUCUUAAAUAUGUGAUUUUUCUUUCUCUGCUCAAUUUUAUUGGUUUUAUGUCAUGUUGUGGUGGGAGACGACAUAAAACAGUUUGUUGUGAGUGUAAACAAAGGGCAAAUAGUAUCUUAUGUGUAGACCACCUUAUUGUGGUUGUACCCAUUACUGGAACAAUAUAUUGUUAGGAAAAUACAAGUUUCAAUACUAUGACUACUAAGAUGUCUGUUAACUACGGCUGUGCAGAAAGUUCCAAAAAAGUCAACCUGAGACAAUUUUUCCAAUUUCCGUAAAGCCCUUGUAGUCCAUUCUGUUUUACAUUGAUCAUUUAAUGACUAACAGUGGCAUGCUUACACUAUUCAGAUAAAAUACUAUAAAUGGUAGGGAAAUCACAUAAUAUUUUUCUAUUACUUUAAUCAUUUCAAUUAAUAACUGGUGCAUGGACUGCCGGUGGUUAAUAGAGUUUGGUGAAAGACGUGACUGAUUUGCUUGUCUUAACAUGCUAUUAUUCUACCCUCUCGUUGGCACCACGUUUUCCGUUUAUGCAAUCCACUCUUUUCGACUUGUGCAAAUCCAUGCUUUGUAAUGUGUAUUCACAGUUUAUAACUGUUUGCUUUUUAUGGAGACAUUUAUGCAACAGUGAGUGGCAAAAAAGGACUGUUUAUCUUUUCUAUUUGUAUACAUGCGGAUUAUUCACGUAAUCGUGAAUUGUGCGGAGGUGACAACUAAAAUUCAGGCCAAAAUAGCUGAUUUAUAAAAAUUCUGUAACUGAGUUGUGGUCACUGCUUGGCUAGUUUGCUCUGAAUUUGAAAGUUUGGCUUUUAGUUUACCACAUUUCACUUAGGGCUGUUCAAUGGUGACUUAUUAGGAACUGCAAAGUAAAAGUCAUAAGCGCCAAAGUGGAAAAGCUUUCUAAAUUUCUAGCUCACCGACAUUGGGGCACAUGGUUAUACAGCACUACUGAAUAUGAACACUAGGGGUCAGACAAUUGGGGAUGAAGAAAUCAAAAGCUAAUUAUACCUCAAACUGCUAUACCUGAUCAUUAUUUGUAUUAUUAUGCAAAUAAGUAAAAAGUCACAUUGUUUGCUACUGACUUGUAAAAACAUAUGUAUUAUCUAAAUUAUGUUGGGAGCUUCUUAAUCUAUUAAAAUGGGUGGAACUACA